AUGAGCCUCUCAUUCGAUGCCUAUUCACCGGCCGAGGUCACUCGCAUGGUGGGCGAGCAAGGCGCGAAGCGUGGCCACAUGCACCCCUUGAAGAUCUUUCUCUCGGGCGUUUCCGCUGGGUGCCUCCUCAUGUUCGCUCCAGCCUCAGCAGCGACCAUGACCACUUCUACUUGGCUCUCCCAAAACGCCCCAGGCCCACAACGAAUUCUCGGCGCCCUAGUCUUCCCCUACGGCAUCACGAUGGUCACCCUCACCGGAGUCGACCUCUGCACCGCGUCGUUCAUCCUCCUGCACUGGUUCUUGACAUUCUGGGGCAACCUCGCCGGCUCGCUAUUCUGCACUCUCGUGAUCAUGGGCUGUAAGCACUCUCCCCAAAUUCACUGCAUUCCCAUCCUCUCAAGCACCCCAAGCUCAGAUCCACCACCCCUCUCUCACAUCGCCAUGCCCAUGACUGACCAAAAUCAGACGGCGGCCUCUGGCUCCGCGACCCCUGGCGCGCCGCCUCAUCACCUCCACCACCGCGCGCCAAGUCACCCCAACUUGGAUCCAGAUCUUCCUGCGCGGCAUCGGCUGCAACUGGCUCGUCUGCCUGGCUGCUUCUUCGCCAUCCAGGGUAGAGACCUCACUGCGAAAGUCGUGGGAUUGUAUUGGCCGAUCUUUGCGUUUGUAGCAAACAUGUUCUUCAUCCCAAUGGCAAUCUUCAUCGGCCACCCACAAAUCACCGUCGGCAUGUACAUCUACAAAGGCAUCAUCCCCGCCGGCCUCGGCAACAUCGUCGGCGGCGGCAUCUUCUGUGGCAUGUUCUACUAUGGCAUGUAUGUAUGGCGAGAGCCGGAUGGAUUGUUCGGUGUUCCGCUGAAGAAGGAGCUGGGCCCAGAAGUUGGGCCAAACUUUGAGGCUGGGACUGGUACGGUGGGUGAGAAGGGGAUGGCGGAGAAGGAGAAGGAGAAGGCUGAGGGGUCGAGCACGGGUGUGGGGACGGAUUCGGAGUCGGAGAAGGGGCGGAAAGGGUUGUGA